AUGAACGGCAGUAUAUUGAAUAGUGUUAGUGAGAUGAGAUAUCUGGGCGUGAUUCUUGAUAGGAAACUUUGCUGGAAUGCACACAUUACAAAUAUGUUCAAAAAAGUUAGCUACACCCUCAAUACCCUUGCCAUAUUGGCAAAGGUGAACUGGGUCAUGGGUUCAAAGGCCUUAAAAAUUAUUUAUGAUGGAGCAAUUUUGCCUCAGCUAACUUAUGCUGCACCAGCAUGGUUUGAUGGCAUCCGCUACUAUUAUAACAGGCGCAAGCUAAGAUCGAUCCAGAGACUAAUAGUCCUACUUAUUACUAAAGGACUUCGUACGAUCUCAUAUGAGGCUUCUUAUGUCCUAGCUGGACUUGUACCAAUCUGUAUUAAAAUACAGGAAUGUGCAGACAUUUACUUAAAGGUGCAACCAGAUACAUUGAGUGAUACGGAGUCAAAUCUUGCCCCAAGAUAUUGGCUGCACCCUGGAAGGGUUGCUUCUACCAACAAUAAUUUAGAUAGUGAUGAUCAUCUUCUCAUCUAUACAGAUGGAAGCAAAAUCAAUAAUUGCACAGGCUGCGCUUUUGUGGCAUAUUACAAUGAUAAUAUUAUUGCUGAAAGAUCAUUUAAGCUUCACCCUAAUUGUUCUAAUAACCAGGCAGAGGCUUUUGCCAUUCUCCCAUCUUUGAACUGGAUGAACUCCAGGGAUGACUUCUCAUUCAAUAACAUCAUACUAUUCACAGAUAGCCAAGUCAACAUAUCUAAAAUUCAAGAUAGGAAGUGCCAUGACGAUACUACUGAAAAUAUCCGUUUCAUGAUUUGGAAACUCUCUACACGAAACAUCAAUAUAACCAUUAAUUGGGUCAAGGGCCAUUCUGGAGUUAUCGGAAAUGAUAAGGCUGAUGAGCAUGCAAAAGCGGCAGCCAAAUCAGAUCUCACCAUCAGCUUCAGUAAAUUGCCUAAAUUUUUUAUUAAAAAUGAUAUUCUUCGAUAG